UGUUCAUUCAGGAGCAAGCAGGCAGCAACAAGCAGCUGCUCAUCAACACGAUGAACACACAACAGAAUGUACCGAUCCUACGAGAAGGAUUCCUGGUAAAAAGGGGUCAUGUGGUGCCCAACUGGAAGGCCCGCUGGUUCGUGCUGACGCCGGACAAGCUCACGUACUUCAAAUACCGGGGCGGCAAGAGGGACUCGUGUCAGCGAGGGAAGAUGGCCUUGAAAGGUUGUACCGUCACGUGUCCCUUCCUGGACUACGACACUCGACCCUUGGUGUUCAAGCUGCAGAGCAGGAACGGCGUGGACCACUUCCUGGAGGCUUGUUCGCGGGAGGAGCGUGACGAGUGGGCGGCGGACGUCGCGGCGGCCGUGGACAAACUGGCCGUGGAAGAAGACGGAGGCUCGCCGAGCGGACAAUGGACGCCCGAAGUGUCCGAGCUGCACGACAUCAACCUGAGCAAAGUGUUGGACGCCAUGUACGACCUUCACCACGGGAUCAACAUGAGCAACCACGUGGAGCAGGGAUGCACCUACACCAACUGUUUCUCAGGUUCCGCGGUGGUGGACUGGUUGGUGUUCAUGCAGAAGGUGGUGACCCGCACUGAAGGGGUGACCUUGGCCUCCGCCCUGAUGGAGGAAGGCUUCCUGAGGACCAUCGGCAUGAGGAGCGUGGAGGCCCUACGCACCGCCGGCCUCAGCGAGCAGUUCAUGGACGACUCCACGGCGCUCUACAGCUUUUCAGACAAUCUGAAGAAGAAAGGCUGCGUGAGGGCACAGACGUCUCUGUCUGCCGUGGAGCUGAGCGGUGAAGUCAUCAGGAGAGGUUAUCUGCUCAAACAGGGACACAGGAGGAAAAACUGGAAGAUCCGACUGUUUGUGUUGCACUCAGAACCGUCUUUCCUUCACUACUACGACCCCACUAAGGGUGACAUCAGCCCCGUGGGAGGAUUCGCCCUCCGAGGCUCACUGGUGUCCUCGCUGGAUGAUAACGGCGUUCCCUCAGGGGUGAAAGGCAAGGUGGAAGGCAACUUGUUCAAGAUCAUCACACAGUCGGACAAACAUUAUUUCAUGCAAGCUCCCAGUCAUCAAGACAAGAUGGAUUGGAUCGACGCCAUCCGCGAGUUCACCUAGUAACUUUCUCACCCUGUUAGCUACAACAUGCUAACAGUAGACCAGGGGUCACCAACGCGGUGCCCGCGGGCACCAGGUAGCCCGUAAGGACCAGAUGAGUAGCCCGCUGGCCUGUUCUAAAAAUAGCUCAAAUAGCAGCACUUACCAGUGAGCUGCCUCUAUUUUUUAAAUGUUAUUUAUUUACUAGCAAGCUGGUCUCACUUUGCCCGACAUUUUUAAUUCUAAGAGAGACAAAACUCAAAUAGAAUUUGAAAAUCCAAGAAAAUAUUUUAAAGACUUGGUCUUCACUUGUUUAAAUAAAUAAAUUCAUUAAUUGUUUUACUUUGCUUCUUAUAACUUUCAGAAAGACAAUUUUAGAGACAAAAUACAACCUUUGGAUUUUUAAACACAUAUACCUUUUUACCUUUUAAAUUCCUUCCUCUUUUUUCCUGACAAUUUAAAUCAAUG